GGCACAAGAACAGAAUCAAACAAGGAAACUACCAUUUGAUUAAAGAGUUGGUGUCCAGUCUCCAUGCUGCCUCUCCUGCAGGUCACCUUCUUUCUUCUCUCCUCCUGCUUCUCAGCAGGAGGGGGCAGCCCCCUCAGUGAAGGCCUGUGGCUGCUGAAGACUGAGUUUGCCCUCCACCUUUACCGGAGUGCAGCAGCAGAGAGAAACGGGACAAACUUCGUCAUCUCACCGGCCAGUGUGUCCCUCUCCCUGGAGAUCCUGCAGUUUGGAGCCAGGGGCAACACCGGCUGGCAGCUGGCUGGGGCCCUAGGCUAUACUGUGCAAGACCCAAGAGUGAAAGAAUUCCUGCAUGCUGUUUAUACCACACGGCACAACUCCAGUCAAGGUGUCGGAAUGGAGCUGGCCUGCACCCUGUUCAUGCAAACAGGAACAUCCCUGUCUCCCUGCUUUGUGGAGCAGGUCUCCCGGUGGGCCAACAGCAGUCUGGAGGCAGCUGACUUCAGCGAGCCUAACAGCACUACCACGGAGGCCUCCAAAGUCACAUCCAGACAGAGCACAGGUGAAGGCCCAGGUAGCCCGUUGUGGGGCCGGGACGAUGCCCUGUCUACUCAGCUCUCCAUCAUGAGCACCAUGACCUUCCAAAGUACCUGGCAGAAGAGAUUCUCUGUGGCCUCGCAGCCCCUGCCUUUCACCCGUGCCCAUGGUCUUGUACUUCAAGUCCCAGCGAUGCACCAAGUGGCAGAGGUCAGCUAUGGCCAGUUCCAGGAUGCUGCAGGCCAUGAGAUAGCUGUUCUAGAGCUGUUGUACCUGGGAAAGGUGGCCAGUUUGCUCCUGGUGCUUCCCCAAGACAAGGGCACUCCUCUGGACCACAUUGAACCACACCUCACUGCCAGAGUCAUCCACCUCUGGACCACAAGGCUGAAGAGAGCCAGAAUGGAUGUGUUUCUCCCCAGGUUUAAGAUCCAAAAUCAAUUUGACGUAAAAAGCAUUUUAAGAUCGUGGGGUAUCACUGAUCUUUUUGACCCACUCAAAGCUAACUUGAAAGGAAUUUCAGGCCAAGAUGGCUUUUACGUUUCUCAAGUAACCCACAAGGCCAAGAUGGAGCUUUCAGAGGAGGGUACCAGGUCCUCUGCAGCCACAGCGGUGCUGCUGCUGAGGAGGUCUAGGACCCCUGCUUUUAAAGCAGAUCGACCCUUCAUCUUUCUUCUGAGAGAACACAGCACAGGAUUUAUCUUCAGUAUUGGAAGAGUUUCAAAUCCCCUUGACUAAAAUAGCAGACCUCAAGAAUGUUUUCUCUAUGUAUGCUUUCCUUCAUAAAUAUUUACAAUUUAAGAGUAUGUGAUUUCCAAAUAUUAUUAAUCUAAAAAUAAUUCAAUUAAAAAAAUAAUUUAAAGG